GGAGCGAGGCCCGUGGAGCUCGGCAGCAGCCGGAGCGUUCCGCCCGCGGGUGACAAUCGCGCUUUUGUUUUGCCUGGCUGCCAGAGGGGCAGGCGGGAAUUUGGCUGCCCAGAAAGCUGCCGGGAACCCUUUCUGCCACAAUUAAGCACCUGCUACAAGAGAGCAAAUAAGCCAAAUCAUGCGGCUGGCAAACAAGCUUUACGUGUUCCUUCCCCGUGACCCACUCCAAGGAGCAGAAAGCUCCAGGCUCUGCGGCUCGGCUGCCGCAGCUCCCGGGGAAGCGAUUCCAUAGGAAUUCCGGGAGCUGCCUCCAAACCCAAAAAGGGCUUUCCCCUCCCCACAUUAGCGGCUCCAUCUCCUUCUGCUAUGGAGAGACAGAUCCCCGUGCUGCGAGUUCGGUCCCAAUUAAUGGAUUCUGACAUGGAUUAUGAGAGGCCAAACGUAGAAACCAUCAAGUGCGUCGUGGUCGGGGACAACGCGGUGGGCAAGACCCGGCUCAUCUGUGCCCGUGCCUGCAACGCCACCUUGACCCAGUACCAGCUCCUCGCCACCCACGUGCCCACGGUGUGGGCCAUCGACCAGUACCGCGUCUGCCAGGAGGUGCUGGAGCGCUCCCGGGAUGUGGUAGAUGAUGUCAGCGUGUCCUUGCGCCUCUGGGACACCUUUGGUGACCACCACAAGGACAGGCGCUUUGCCUACGGCAGGUCCGACGUCGUGGUUUUGUGCUUCUCCAUCGCCAACCCCAACUCCCUGCACCAUGUGAAGACCAUGUGGUACCCGGAGAUCAAACACUUCUGCCCCCGCGCCCCCGUCAUCCUGGUGGGCUGCCAGCUCGACCUGCGCUACGCCGACCUGGAGAUGUCACCUUCGUGCUGGAUGACGGUGCUAUCAGUGCCCACAAGCCCCUGCUCAUCUCCAGCUGCGACUGGAUGGCCGCCAUGUUCGGCGGCCCCUUCGUGGAGAGCUCCACCAACGAGGUGGCACUCCCUCACACCAGCAAGAGCUGCAUGCGGGCGGUGCUGGAGUACCUGUACACGGGGCAGUUCAGCUCCAGCCCCGACCUGGACGACAUGAAGCUCAUCAUCCUCGCCAACCGCCUCUGCCUGCCGCACCUGGUGGCUCUCACAGAGCAGUACACGGUCACCGGGCUGAUGGAGGCGGCGCAGAUGAUGGUGGACAUCGAUGGGGACGUGCUCGUGUUCCUGGAGCUGGCUCAG